GCACUUCCGCUAGGAAAAUAUAUGAAUUGUUAUUUCCUUCAAAGAAUUAAUAAAACAUUACCGUAGAAAUCAUUCAACAAGAUAUAUUUCCUUCUUCCUUAAAAUGAUAUUUUAAUAAAGUAGACACACGUGUCAUAUUGCAAUGACUUCUAUACCACAAAAAUAACAUGUAUAUCCUUUGUUAUUCUAUCUCUUCGAGAGAAGUUGUGGUAUCUCUUUCAUUCACUUCGGGGAAUGAAAUCUGAUUAUUUGAAUGUGCUUGAAAUACCAAUCCCCUCGACCUAUUCUCAAACUUUAAAUAGGUAGGACGACGCGAUUGCUUUGUUGAGCCGCACAUGGAAUCAAGAGCUCCAAGUGGGCCAUUUUUGGUAAGCUGAAGUGGCAUUGCGGGAUGAACCGGAAGUCGGGUUACGAUGCCAAACUGUGCGUUAACCUAGAUCCCACAAAGGGUGUUGGUCGAUUAAGACAUAGAUCAUUACUUUCCUUAAGUAGAAGACAUUGCUUAAGAGUAUUUCUCAUAUAUUUUUCAAAUUAUUUUUGCUUCAGGAGAAAAUUUGGAAGUUUUACCCCUUGGAGAAUGUAAUUUUAAAAUUUUACCACUUUCGGAGUAAAUUUUGAAGUUGUACUACUUCGGGAGUAAAGUUCAAAGGAAUGUUACUUCGAGAGUAGAUGCCUGAUUCUUACUACUUCGGGAGUUAGUUGCAAAGUGUUUACUACUCCGGGAUUGAAUUUUAGGUUUGUCAUAUCCCAAACUACCUCCCAGACGUGAUUGACACCCAGCACACACCACCGGCCAUGUGACCCAAUUACCAUACCUUCACCAUUAAUUCACAACAUUUGAUGAAUUAAACAAGUAUUCAAACAAUAUGAUAAAUAAUUAUGAAGUCUUGGUAUCUCAAAAUAUGAAUCUAACACUCUUGUGCAAAUCCCACGCUAAACCAAGGAGCAUCACGACACGAGUUUACAACACUGCUGUAGAAUUAGAGUCACACUAGGAUUAGACUACUUAUAUUAAUUAGGAUUAUAUUACAACUAGGAUUAGAUUAUGAUUAGGAUUAUAUUCCAACUAAUAUUAGAUUAUAUAUAAGUUUUUUAUUAUUAUAGUAGUAAUAGGUAUUGUAGUAGGACUCUAAGUAUAGUUAACUUAGGACUCUACAAUUCUCUCCCUAUAUAAGGAGUAUGUACUCAACAAUUUUAAUCAUCAAUAUAAUCCUUGAUUUCUCUAAUCCUAGACGUGAGAUUUCUACAAAAAGGACUUGGAAUAUUAAUGAUAAUGACUCUUUUGAAACCCCCCACAAAUAAUGCAGUUGUUCACCUGAACAACUAGAUCAACUCUAGCGAACUCGUCAAAACCUCGAAGACCAUUGAUUCUGCCAAGCAAAUGUUCGUCCCUACUCAAGCAGACAGAACACCUUUUGAAAAUGGAUUUGAAAAACAAGCACCCAAAGCUUAAAGUCUCACCUACCUCAAAUUCACAACUCAAUCAUACUUUCCAAUAGAUCAUAACUAUGGAAUGGAGUCUUCGGAUCACCUCAAACUAACACAAAAUGGGUUUAGAAUGGUCAGAAACCCUUCGUCGGAUGUUUUCUUAAUUUUAACACAAGUCAAAUUUGCAGUUAAAGAUUAACCCAAAAAGUCAACUCGGAUUAAUGAGUUAGAAUUCAGAACCUAUAAUAUUUUGAGUUACCCAUACCUCGUAGAGUCCAAGUUUAUAAUCGAGUUUCAACCCUUGUUGUCGAAUGAUGGAUCAAUUUCCAAUUUCAUUAAGUUUCAAGCUUAGAUCUUAAUCGUAACUUUCUACCUUGAACAUAUCUCAAUAUCAUUAUUCAAGUUUAAUUAGUGAAUAUUAUGUCCAAUAUUAAUUAUCCAUGUCCCGAAAUAAUAAUCAAAAUGUGUAUAAACACGAUGCUGAAACAAUACAGCUGCAUAGCCAACGCCGAUGGCUUAACCCCUAUUUCUCAAAAUAAUAAUUUUCCAUAUGAUCAUUCCAUCCUAAUCAUUGCAAUAUCAUUACUUGUUGACCAAUAUCAAUUGGAAAAGUGUACAAAUUAAGAUUGGUAGUACUUGAAGCUUUUCUUUUAAAUGUGUGGAGGACUAUGUUGUUGUUCGCCUGUACUUCCUACUUCUAGUUCCUUUAAGAAACUUGUAAUUUUUAGGCUUUGGCCAAUAACUACAAAUUAAAUUAGUUCUCCAAUCUUUCCAUAAUAAGUACUCAAAAAAAUAAAUUGUUGGGUUAUUACAGUUUUACUACUUUGAUAAUAAAUUUUAGAUUUAUUACUUUGAGGUUAAAUUUAAAAUAUUUCUUCUUAAUUAUUCUACUUCUAGAAGUGUGUGGUGAUAACUUCACAACCAACAUUCUUUUAUUAGUGUGACAAUAAUCAUCAUCAUCGUGCAUAAAAGAUAAUCAAGCUAUGCAUGAACCAAAGUAUUCAUAUUUAUUAAAUCAUCUCACUCAUCCAUAGAUUUCAUAUAAUGAAAUUAAGUUCUUCGAAUCACAAUAUUUAUCCAAGAUGGCUGAGUCUCGUGCUGAUAAUGCAUGAUAAAAUAUAAAGCAAAAGGAAGAAAAUACUGGAGAAACGUAGAGAGAAGGGAGAAAGCUUUUUAUUUCUCUUGAUGUAUAAAAUACAAUGAAUGAGAACUCCUUUAUUUACAAGGGAAAACUAACUUGAUCCCAAAGUAACUAACUCUCAACUAUUCUACCAAUGUCCCAAAAUUUGCCUGAAAUUUGAAUGAUGUAAGCAAUCAACUUCUUUAAUAUUUUUGUUAUCCUCAAUUUUGUUUAUUUGUAGCACCUUUAGAUUCCUCAGCUCAGAUGGGAAAUACAAAUGGAGCUGAUUGGCAGAAAGAGGUUUACCGAAAGAUCAAGUCUAUGAAGGAGAUGUAUUUAUCAGAGCUCAAGUAUAUUUUCCUGAAAAUUGCUUCUAAAGUCUGGCAGGUACCAAACGACCCCUUAAGGCUAAACCCGUUCUACACAUAUAAAACCCUUGUAAGCUAUCUCAGGUCACAAAUUGAGAUGAAUGGGAAUAAUUGGAUGGCUGCUCAUGCUCGGGGAGCCGGUGAAGGUGCCGGAGCUGCUGCCGGUGAUUGGCGGACUGGACUUGUGCCCUAUACUCGUCAAAGGAUUGUCAACAAAAUAUUGGAGGACAUUCAGAGGGUUUUUCCUGUCUUUAGGCAUCGGCAUGUACAGGAACUUAGGGAAAUUGCAGUGAUGUUUGAGGAAAAGAUGUAUAAUGUUGCUACAAGUUGGAAUGAUUAUCUGUAUAGAAUAUCCUUUAAACUGCGGACAAUGACCAAUUGUUUUCAUAUCAAUACUGCAAGUAGUGGUCAGAAUGCCCAUGGUCCAGGGGUGACAAUGGAAGCUACUUCCUAUGAAACUACUUCUGGGCCGGAGGAUAGUGACAAGGAAGCAGCAGAAGAGGACGAUGAGGGUGUGCAUAAGGAGGAUGUUGUAGAGGAAGUGGUGGGUACAAAGGAGCAAAACUAUGUUGUUGGGCACAAAGACAAUGUCCGAGUUGUGGAGAAUGAGCAGGAUUCUAGCUCCAGCGAAGUUAUUGGGAGGCCUUCAGUAUUUUUCAAGUAAAAUGAAGGAUAUUGGAAGGUGGAGCUCUUAUCAAACAGUGAGAGAGACGAAAAGAGAUUCAUCUUCAGUUGCUUUGAAUUUAUGAAUUUAUAUAUCUUGGCUUGUUGGUUCUUAUGUCCUUUGAAGUUUUACUAUGCAUCUAUUUAUAUUUUAAGAGCAAAAUUGCCUUAAUGUUGCUUGAUAUAUGUUGAUCAACUGAAUUAAACAUUGAUUGUCAAGUUUCCUAGUCAAAGUAAAACAUUUUUCUU